AUGGGUAAGAUUUGGUUUGUGGUGGAUCUGGUUGAACGCUCGGAUCGAGAGCUGGGUCUUGGAACCAGAACAGACACUCUGUCCUCUGUCCUUUCUUCUCUGUCUUCUCUCCUCUGUCCUUUCUCCUCUGUCCUCUCCUCUGUCCUUUCUCCUCUGUCCUUUCUCCUCUGUCCUCUCCUCUGUCCUUUCUCCUCUGUCCUCUCAGCUCUGUCCUCUGUCCUUUUUCCUCUGUCCUCUAACCAGCUGCAGACCUGA